AUGUCGGUUUUGGAUACCGACGUUGAUGCACCCAUCCGGGUUCAAGUGAGACCCUCCCAGACUGCCUAUUUUGCUGGAGAGCAGUUCUCUGUUAUCAUUACGUUCACUAAUACUCGAUCUUCGACCUCAACGCUAACGCCGGGACCAUCUCGACUUGGCCACAAACGAGCAGCUCAUAGUAUCAGUUCCGCACCAAUCGCACGUCCGCCCACCUCACCUGCCGGACAACCAAGGACUCCCACCACCUCACAUACAUUUGGAAGAGAUAAAUGGAAAGAUAAGGAAGGUGGAAAGUCAAAUAACAUUCAGAGGAAACAGCUUAUUGGAAAGGACGUUGGGAAAGAUCUCGCAUUGCCGCGAGGUAAGGAUAUAUUGCCUGACCUUAUUGAACAACGGAGAAAGAGGUUGCUCGCGAAAAGUUUGUCGUUGAAUCUAAGUCAAGGUGAUCUCGAAGCUGAACUCAGUGCCGGUGUUCUACGGCAAGCACAAGUCAGGCAUGAGCAAAAUGGUCUUCAAUCUCCUUCAUCUCCAAUACCUUCACCACUGUCACGGUUCGAGUCACUCUCACUAUCCUCCAAUCAUCCACACGCGAGGAAACAAAGUGUGUUGGACGGCCAAGUUUCUCUGUUUACUACGGCUUCUGCAUCAUUCAAGUCCCCACUUUCUACCUCUGUAUCCGCUCCCGCUCAGAUAGGCAGUACAUCGACGCCGAACGUCUCCAAACCUACAAAUUCAGUAUCCCCCUCUCCUUCAAUACCUCCUUCUCCGUCUACUCCCUCAGCUUCAGCGUCCGCGUCAAACUCGACCUUCUCUCUCGCCCUCGAUCCUAUUGAGGAGCUCAGCCCGGGUCCUUCCUCACCGUUUACCCCGUCAUCCCCUUCAGCUUUUAUAUCCUCCCAAUAUGCAAUCUAUCCAGAUUAUCCCCACCCUCCAUCCCCUAGAACACCGAAUCCAGUAAUGCCCUCACCCAGUAUUGCUAUCCAAUCUCCUUCUCCGCCCCAAAAACGCCCGGAGCAAGUAAUGCGCGGUAUCAGUACUGAGCGGUCGAGCAACGAGAUUGGAUUAGGACUUCCCUCAAAUCCCGGCCUCCAUCGGGGGAGACCCACACCAUUGAGCUGGAACUCUUCUAAAAAGCCUGAGGCGCCGCGUAAUACGAAUGAUGAGUCCAUUUUAUAUUCCUAUGUACAGCUCAAAGGAAGUGUCGUCAUUUCAUCGCGGGUUCCCUCCUCUUCACUCGAUGAACUAAGGUAUACCCUUCUUCGGGGGUCCGUACUGGCAAUCGGAGGCGGCAGUAUGGAUAUUUCCUCCUCCCUUUCUGGCGGCUCGUUAGCAAGACCUUCUUCACUGGGUGGCGUACCAGUUGGACAGAGGCAUCGACGAUCGCCGAGUCUAGCAGGCUUGGUAUUGACAGGCCUCGGUUUCGACUCACCGAGCCCAUCCCAUGCUCCAGUCCCCUCGACCUCAGCACCUCAAAUGAGCGAAGUCCCUAAAGGCCCUACACCCAUCCACUCGGUACCUCGCCACGGACAACAACAUCGGCGAACGAUUUCAGCCAGACCUGAACACAAAUCAACAACCUCCUCAACUCGGCUUUGGGGUGCAUCAACAACGCCAACCUCUGAUAGUUAUGGGGAAUUUCCCGAAGAAGACCCAGCGAUAGUUCCUGCUAGAAAUCGAGCAGCCUCUGCAAAUGGGAUGUCAUCCUCAAGUUCUGGAUGGCUCUCUGCUCGCCCUCCACCAACUCAUACUUCAUUUCCAUCCUUUUCAAGAGCGUUUCGGUGGUCGUCUUCUGACGACCCGCCUUCAUCGCCAGGUUCAUGGGAAACACGGGAGCAAACUAUCGACCCCGAGACUCCUCUACCCACAUAUGAAGUGCAACCUGCGAUGCUCACUGUAGAUGGUGUACUUGGUCCUGGGGAGAGUCAAAGUUUCAGAUACACACUCAAUCUUCCUUCGAAUCUACCGCCCACCUGUUUUGGACAGCAUCUCCAAUUCUCGUACGAACUUCUCGUUGGGAUAUGUCGAAAUGUAGGGACUGGCUCCGGUGGAAGUGUCAGUAAGGUCAUGAAGGUGCCUAUACGAAUAUAUAAUAAUGUUACUGUGGGCCGUGCUGUGCCGUAUGACCUUCUUUGGCCUGUUGCGAAGCGGAAACGACAGCUUGCUGUGAAGGGGCAUAGGAAAGGGGGCGCUGUGAUCACAAACAAAUCAACCGCUGAAGAUGAGGGUAAAGUUGAAAAGUUAAAGACAGAGAGUGGCCCGGCGAUGAGCGCGAACUUUGCAAAUGGUGCUGAAGGGGAAAAAGAGACUCAGACCAUCUAUUGGAAGGGACUCAAGAAAGUUGGAACUCAAGAAGCGGACGGGGAAGAUCGAGUCAGAGAUUAUGCGCGUAGGUUACUCUCGGGCGGUGUAUUGGCUGGUGGAGAAAAUGGCGUCGAUCUGGGGGACGGAGAGCUGAAGCCCGUCAAAUGUGGAGAGGCUGUGGAAAUAUUGACUCGUGUGCAAAAAAAGGUUUCGUACGAUGUCAACAAGUCUGGCGUCAAGGUCGCGGUUCUCACGUUUCCUAAAUCUGCUUUUCGAUUGGGCGAAACAGUGCUUGGUGUCGUGGAGCUCAACGAAAGGCAGAGUAGAACCAGAGUACUGAAGCUCUCGGCACACCUUGAAACCCGCGAAAUUCUUCCUUCCUACCUCUGCUCAUCGCAAGACCCCGCAAAACGCAUUCACGCAUCCCACCACUGCAGCUUUGUACUAGGGUCACUACGGACAACAUUCUCAUUGGAUAUUCCAAGCGACGCCAGUCCAGCGUUCCAAGUCUUUAUCGACCCCUCGUCUGCUGAGACGCCUUCACUCCCCCGCAUUAACGGCCAAUGUUCUCCACCAGUUUCCCCUUUCUCCACAGGUACCAUGAAACCUGGAGGUCUUGAGUGGAAGGUGCGUCUCAGCCUUCUCGUCGCUAUUGCUUCAGAAUCGGCGGGAAAAGGCACAGAAGGUGUUUGUAUCAAAAAUCUCGUCCGGGACGGUGAACGUGGGGAAUGGGGUUGUGGGUGGGUCGUCCCCUCGCACGGAUCUGGGGUUCUACAGAAGUUGCCAGAACCGAAGUCCCCCACGUCAGGUAGUGGUAGUGGCAAAGGAUUCGUCAGAUCCUGGACGUCGUUUCUCCUGGGAGAUGAUUCUCAAUCGGAGACGGACUCGUCAUCCGUAUCGUCGUUCGAUGAUAGGGAAGAACAUUGCUACGAUGGGAUAAAGGCUGACCGUUAUGGAGGUGUUGGGAUAGGAGUCGAUUUCAGUGGAUGUGGACGUCACGGCGAAGCUGAGUGGGAGGAGGUCAAGACAGAAAUGGUCGAAUGCGAAGUUCCCAUAAGGGUUUGGCCAGGGAACACGGCGUUUAGAAGUGUAGAUGUUUUGUUUGACGUAUAG